AUUUUCGGUUUCUUUUCAGUGUCGUCCGCAUCCGCGACCUUCACGGAGGCAAAUUGCUUGCUCCUCACCAGUUACCCAGCUGGAAACGAUUCAAACUCGACCAUGUCAGCACAACAAGCUCCGUCCCAGAAGACCAUCCCCAAGCCAGUUCGUUUCCUCUUCGGUGGCUCUGCCGGGUGAGCGACCGGGAUCGCCCCAGGAUGGCUGCGACACUUUUUGUUCAGCCGCUGGACCUAAUAAAAAACCGCAUGCAGUUGAGUGGCGAAGGUGGCAAGUCCAAGGAGCACAAGACGAGCCUCCAUGCCAUACGCAGCGUCAUCCAGAAGGAAGGCAUCCGAGGGAUGUACGCUGGGUUGUCGGCCGGCCUACUUCGUCAGGCUUCCUACACGACGGUCCGAAUGGGGGUUUACACGUCGCUCUUUGAAACCUUCAGUUCGGAUGGUAAACCUCCCGGCUUCCUGACCAAGGCUUGCAUCGGCAUGAUGGCCGGAGCCGUGGGUGCCUUCUGCGGGACGCCAGCCGAGAUCUCUCUCAUACGCAUGACGGCGGAUGGAAGGUUACCGGAAGCCGAGCGUAGGGGUUACAAGAAUGUGUUUGACGCGCUUCUCCGGAUGAGCAGAGAGGAAGGAGUGCUGACACUCUGGAGGGGCUGCGUACCGACGAUUGGCAGAGCGAUGGUCGUGAAUGCUGCUCAGCUGGCAUCUUACUCCCAAGCCAAGCAGUUACUACUCAACUCGGGCUACUUCAGGGACAACAUCAUGUGCCACUUUGCGGCCAGCAUGAUCAGUGGCCUCAUCACCACAGCUGCCUCCAUGCCAGUGGAUAUUGCCAAGACGAGGAUCCAAAACAUGAAGAUCAUCGAUGGGAAACCAGAGUACAGGGGUGCAAUUGACGUGCUCGCCAAGGUGGUGCGCAACGAGGGGUUCUUCAGCCUGUGGAAGGGCUUCACGCCGUACUAUGCCCGGCUCGGUCCCCACACUGUGCUCACCUUCAUCUUCCUGGAGCAGAUGAACAUGUUCUACUACCGCAACAUCCUCGGGGACAGUUCUGGCCGGGGAGGACUCUGAAGCGGGACCUUGACACAGUGCCCGUCACCAAACGUCUUUCGCUGCCGACAAUGCUGCGGUUUACUGUCGCCUCCGAUUCCUUGUAUCAUAGUCCGUCUGUAGGGGAGAGGGAACUUUACGGGGGCAUAUGGAAACUCUGUUGCGGUCGAAAAUCACAAAUCAAUUAAACGUGAAAUGCCCCUUA